ACACCAUUUACUGUUUACUGCUAGCCGGUUGUUGGGCGCCGGGCUGUAAGUUAAGAGUUUUUAAACAUUACAAUAUAAUAUACCAUACUGUCCAGUGUUCACUGUCCAUAAUCUUUUUCUCGUUGUGAGUGUUGUGAACCGUGUCCAAUUGAUAUUUCGCUUUUCAUGUUUUUAAAGUCAAACUGUAGCUGUUAGCUGUUGAAUGCUGGAUAACGAAUAUCUACUUCCAGUUAUUUACCUAAUGUUUAUCUCUGAAUCCAUUUUUCAAACAUAAUUAUUACCGAUUAUCAAUCUAAUAUUGUGUUAAACUGUUCGUCGAGUGUUGUACUACUCUUGUGUGUCAUUGUUCGAUCAAACGCUUACCUCGUGUUAUAGUGAUUCGUUGCGAAGUUCUGCAAAAUAAUAUAGUUUUUUUUUUCUUAUUUAUAAAUAAUAUAGUCUUUGAAAUUCUUUGAAUUAUACACGACAUGGCUUCCGAAAUCACGAAAAAUGGCGAUGAUCAAAUGUCUAAAGACGAACGUAAGGUUUAUGACCGACAAAUACGGCUGUGGGGUUACGAUGGACAAAAUAAGUUAAGGGCGAUGAAAGUACUUUUAAUUGGAAUGCAAGGCUUAGGCGCAGAGAUAGCUAAAAAUUUGAUAUUGUCGGGUGUGAAUUCUAUCACCCUUAAAGAUCAUACAGAAGUGUCCAUAUUAGACCAUUGUUCUCAAUUUCUUAUCCCGCGUGAUAGCCAAGAACGUAAUCGUGCUAAAGCAAGUAUGAGUGCUGCUCAAAAGCUAAAUCCAAAUGUCAAAGUCAUCGUAGAUACAACACCUAUUGAACAAAACGUUGAUAGUUUUGUUACUGCAUUUGAUGUUGUCAUAGCUACUGAAUGUUCUCCAAGUACUUAUAAAAGAUUGAGUGAAUUUUGUAGAAAAGCUCAAGUAAAAUUAUUCAUAGCUGAUGUUUAUGGUUUAUUUGGAUACUUUUUCCAAGACAUUAAUUUUAAACUUCCUUUGUACGGUGAGGUGUUUCUAAAUAAUGAUCAAACCAAUACUGAUCCUGUUCCAAAAAAAUUACCUCUGCUUUAUUUUUUGACUUCAGCUUUAUUAAAAUUUCAAUCUGAAUCUAAUCGUAAACCAAAUCCUGAUACUUGUGAAGAAGAUAUUGAAGAAUUGAAACUAAUUAUUAAUUCGUCUUCAGAUGAAAUUAAUACUACUAACAGUGUAUUUGAUGAAUACUAUAGUGAAUUAUUUUGUGAGUUGAGUCCAACUACUUCUAUUAUUGGAGCUAUGGUAUCCCAGACUGCUAUAAACACUGUGAUGAAUAAGCCUAUUGAGAAUUAUAAUGUAUUUUUUUUUGAUCACAUUGAACAUGAAGGAAAAUUUCAUUUGUUAUAAAACAGUUUUUAAAUCUUUAUAUGAGUAAGAAUAGACUGUCUUUAAACUUAAACAUACAUUAUUAAUUAAGUACUUUUAUAUUAA